CAGUUGAGAAUUUCAUUCUGAUCUGCUCACAACGAAUACGACCCUUUCUUUUCCACUUGUUCUUCACAAAAAAAAAAUUAAAAAAAAAGACUCCAUGACACUACUCACGCCUUCUUUAAUCUCACCCACCACAUCAAAGUUACUGUCCUAUCUGACAUUCUCCACCAACAGUCAUGAUUCAAACAAAGCCAACAAUUCAUCUUCAACCUCUAAAGCAGCUCCUGUAUCUGACGACCCCACAUUGAUCACUAUCGUGAUGAGAAAGGACGGCACAGCGACCACGAAAUGUCUCAAUCCUCCUCCUUCCCUAUCCAAAUCAGCAACCAUCAGCUCAGCAUUAGCAUCGCAUUCAUCCAGCACAACAUUCCCUCGACGACGGAGGUCAUCUUUUUCAACCUAUCAAUACUUGUCAUCACCGCCGAAGCAACGCCGAUUGAUGAUCUCGUCAUUCAUACCACGCUUUAGUACCUCGUCAUCCACAUCCCAAUCUACCUCCUCCACCUCUCGCAACCUUAGAAAGAAGCUCGGCAAUAAUAAUAAUAAUAGUAGUAGUAGUAGUCGCAGUAAUAAUAACAGUAGUACGGUAAAACAAAAGGAGUUCUGCAGCAUGAAUGACUUGACGGGUAAAGAAAGAGCGGUGAUGGGUGGCAUGGUCGGUCAUCCUCUUCUACCCGACUAUAAAAUAGCGGAUACAAUCCAUUCAGAUAAACAGAGGCAGCCGUUAAAACGCUUGCAACUUUUACCAUCCGAAUUGAUAAUCAAAGUCAUAUUGUCACUGGAUUGUCCCAGUUUGUUAAACCUGGCACACACAUGCAAACAGUUUUACAAACUCUGUCACAAAAAUCACCAUUAUUUAUGGCAAACCUUAUUUUACACUGAUUAUGCCAUCUCCAGAGAUUUGGCCCUUCAACAAAAACUACCUCCCAUCAAUUACUUUGAACUGUACAAAAACCAUUUUGAAUUGAACAAAAGAUGGAGAUAUGGACACGUGCAGACGAGAUAUUUAACCGGACACGAAGACAGCGUGUAUUGUUUAGCAUGGUUAGGGCCCGACCAUAUUGUAAGUGGAAGCAGGGAUCGAUCCAUCAAAGUAUGGAGUCUCUCAGGCUCUCCUACAACAACGUCAGCGGCAGAAGCAACCAUAGGCCAUGCGAUCUCCUCGCCAUCCGUACCCUCUUUGAUCAUGACCAAAUCCUACCAUGACGGGAGUGUUCUAUGCAUGAGACUCUCUUCAGACAACACCUUUCUCGUUUCGGGGUCUUCCGAUGCCACCUGUCUGGUCUGGUCUUUACCUAGUUUUGAGCCCAUGCAAAGACUCAUUGGCCAUACCGGCGGCGUAUUGGAUGUCUGUAUCAUUCGUGAUUAUAUUAUCAGCUCAUCACGAGACGCCACCAUACGUGUAUGGGACAGAAAAAAGGCAAUGGAAAUACGGCGACUGGAAGGCCAUGCUGGACCGGUGAAUGCACUCGGGUCUCAUGGAGAUCUUGUGGCCUCUGCUUCCGGAGACACAACCAUCAAACUAUGGGAUAUUCACACGGGACACUGCUUACGAACAUUUACAGGACAUACACGCGGUUUGGCUUGUAUCAAAUUUGAUGGAAAAUACAUUUAUAGCGGAGGACAGGACAACAAAUUUAAAGUGUGGGAUGCACACACAGGACAUUGCGUCGCUACUUUGCCCGGACAUACUGAUUUAAUACGUACUAUCGACAGUUUCGAGAAUUUGGUCGUGAGUGGAAGUUAUGAUAGGACUCUACGCGUUUGGGAUAGUCAACAAAAAAAAUGCAUUUUAAGUUUUCAAAGUGGGCAUUCAAGUUGGAUUUUCAACUGUCUCGUCAAUCGAACAAAAAUAAUUAGUGCUGGACAAGACAAAAGAAUCAUGGUUUUGGAUUUUGGAUUUGAUCUUGUCACUUUACAAUAAAGCGCGCGCGGAAGGCUCUGUUGUAGCACCGUUCCCAAGAUACCCCUACCAUCCCCCACCUCAUCCCUCUCUCCCCCUCUAAUUCACAGCUAUUUAUUUUAUUUAUGGAUGAUAAACAUUGAAAACCAUUUUUUUUUUUCUAUAAUGACGAAAGGACACACGUUGGGCUUUUAUAAAACCAUCGUUCUGAUAUCAUAUUCCAUAGGAUAACUCACAAAUACAUAUGAGUCAAAAAAAUCGAAAGAAUUCUAUGCACUUCUUUUUGACUUCUUGAUGACGUGCAUUUGAGU